CGCGCACAUGUCGGUCUUUUGGAUCACAUUCAUGUCGAUUACUAUGGUAAUCCAACCCCCAUUAACCAAGUGGGCAACGUCACCUUAGUCGAUGGUCGAACCAUUGGUGUUCAAGUUUGGGAAAAAAAUAUGCUAUCCGCUGUGGAAAAAGCAAUUCGUGAUGCUGACCUAGGAUUAAAUCCCAACACAAACGGCGAUAUGGUUCGUGUACCAAUGCCACCGUUAACCGAGGAACGACGCAAAGAGCUCGUAAAAGUUGUGAAAUCAGAAGGCGAAACGGCCAAAGUGUCCAUCCGCAAUGCUCGGCGUGACGGCAACGAACAAUUAAAAAAACAAGUCAAAGACAAAGUGAUCAGCGAAGAUGAUGAGCGUCGAGGUCAAGAUGACAUUCAAAAACAAACGGACAAGGCAGUCGUUGAAAUUGACCGCUUGAUUGCCGAAAAAGAAAAAGAAAUCAUGACUGUGCGCCUUGUGACUCAAUCCACUCAAUCCACCUCUCCUCAUAUUCCGCGUCAUAUUGCUAUCGUGAUGGAUGGCAAUGGUCGAUGGGCAAAAAUGCGUGGGCGACCACGCAUGGUUGGUCAUCGCGCGGGGCUAGGGGCCGUUCGGCGUUCUGUACAGUACUGCGUCAAUCAUGGCAUUGCUUAUUUGACACUUUUUGCUUUUAGCUCAGAAAAUUGGGCCCGCCCAGAACAAGAGGUUUCGUUUCUUAAAAAAUUGUUUUAUCGCGCCUUAACUUUGGAAGUCGCUAAGCUCAAAGAAAACAAUGUGCGCUUGCGCUUAGUGGGCGACCUCACCGCUUUCCCUCAAGAAAUUCAAUCCAUUGCCGAAAAUGCACAAGCCCAAACGGCACACUGCACGGCACUCGUUUUGACCGUCGCCCUUAAUUAUGGAGGA